UGUCCUCAGUGCUGAAUAGAGCAAGGACAUCUUUUCCUUCACAUCAGUGGGAUUAGAGGAAGAAAUGCCCCUUCAUUCUGCUGGCUGUCAUCUUAGUGCUCAGAAGAUAAAACGGAAAUGCAGCACAGAAAGGAGGACUGAGAGUAGAUGAAGUGACAAGUUUGGAUUACAAAGCUAAAAUAAUCUUCGGGUUCUUAAACUAAAUAAAGAAGAAACGUGCUUCAGAUCAGAGAAAUGCAAAUAAUCCAAUGAUGCAGACUUAGAAACAGCAAUCUUUACUGUUACUUUAUUGCUUUCUGAACAAUGACUUAACCCAGGGGUCAGACGAAGAGUUCAAAUGCUGCACACAGCACUAUAAUGGAACAUCAGCCUACUUCAUUCACUCCUUCUUCGCAUUCUUCAUCUCCAAAAGCUGGCCAGAGCAACUUGAGGAGAAUCAGCCGCACCGAGGACAGCAGCCUCUAUCCGAUCCCGGGCCUUGCAGCCGACAUCCUGCACAUGCGAGUAAAAGACGGAAGCAAGAUCCGCAAUUUACUGCGAUUUGCAACGGCUCGCAUGCAAGGGGACGGGAGAGACAGCACCGGGACGUCACUGAGACAGGUGGUCUUCACUGGCUCAGGUAGGGCAGUCACAAAGACCAUUACCUGCGUGGAGAUCCUGAAACGUAAAGUGGAGGGGCUGCACCAGGUGUCCAAGCUGUACUACAAGACAGUGAAAGAGGUCUGGGAGAGUCCCCAGCAGGGAGCACCAGGCAUGACCAUGGAUAGGACAGUUGCUGCCAUCUGUAUCCUUCUCUCUAAAGACCCUCUGGAUCCCCACGAGCCUGGAUACCAGCCCCCACAGAUCCUCUGUGUUCCCACAGAGGGUGUGGAGAGACACGGAGGUCUGUUCAGGACAGCUCCCUCCUCACAGCACACGGCCAAGAGACUCUGUCUGGAUGACUGGAGUGUAUGUCCUCACUGAAUGUAGUAUUUCAUGGAAAAUCUUACAUGAGGCUUGUUGAUAGAUACGUUUAUUGAGUAUAUUAGCAGCAGGAAGCAAUAUGUCUAUAUUUUACCCUCUUUUUACUACUAAAUUAAUCAAAAAUCUCUUAAUUUAUAACCUACAAUACUGUACAUUUAAUAUUGUACCACAUUCAUAUAUAUAUUAUGAUCAAUAUUACUGUAAAUAGUUACGGUGGCACAUUUAUAUUAAUAUUAUGAUGGGUUGUUCUGUUACAAAAUAUCUGAAAAGUGCUAAAACAAUAAUCUGUAUAUAGAUCUUAUAUCUGCUCUGUUUUCUACUUUGGGAAAUAAUGUAUGUACA